GAAAACAUAUGAGCAGUAACAAGUUUUAAUCUUGCUCCUCAGUACUAACAUGGACUAAUCUGUGGAAGCAGUUUAUUCCAGUGUCACCCAGGGUGCAGCCACACAAGGGGCUGUGUUGAAGGGUGUUUUUUCUUAUAAAUGAGGCACUUUUUCAUCUCUGUUUCUUAAACGUUAUCUGAGAACAUUUACCUUAUAGACAAGUAGUACAGGGUGGAUAAAUUCUACUUUCAAGAGAACUACUCUCUUCUGACAAGUCCUAGAUCAGUCUUCUACACAAGACAGCAUGAAAGAAUAUGUGCUCUUAGUGCUCUUGGCUGUGUGUUCUGCCAAACCCUUCUUUAGCCCUUCACACAUCACACUGAAGAAUUUAAUGCUGAAGGAUAUGGAAGACACAGAUGAUGAGGAUGAUAAUGAUGACGACAACUCUCUUUUUCCAACAAAAGAGCCAGUAUAUCCAUUUUCCCCAUUUGAUCUGUUUCCAACAUGUCCAUUUGGAUGCCAAUGUUACUCACGAGUUGUACACUGUUCUGAUCUAGGUCUGACCUCGGUUCCAAGCAACAUUCCAUUUGAUACGCGAAUGGUUGACCUUCAAAACAACAAAAUUAAAGAAAUCAAAGAAAAUGACUUUAAAGGACUGACUUCACUUUAUGCUCUGAUUCUCAACAACAACAAGCUAACAAAAAUUCACCCUAAAACCUUUCAAACUACAAAGAAGCUGCGAAGGCUGUAUUUAUCCCACAAUCAACUAACUGAAAUACCACUUAAUCUUCCCAAAGCAUUAGCAGAACUUAGAAUCCAUGAUAAUAAAGUUAAGAAAAUACAAAAGGAUACAUUCAAAGGAAUGAAUGCUUUGCAUGUGUUGGAAAUGAGUGCAAACCCUCUUGAAAAUAGUGGAAUAGAGCAAGGGGCAUUUGAAGGGGUGACAGUGUUCCAUAUGAGAAUUGCUGAGGCAAAACUAACCUCAAUUCCUAAAGACUUACCAUCAACUUUAUUGGAGCUCCAUUUAGAUUUUAACAAAAUUUCAACAGUGGAAGAUGAGGAUUUUAAGCGAUACAAGGAACUGCAAAGGUUGGGCCUAGGAAACAACAGAAUCGCAGAUAUUGAAAAUGGAAGUUUUGCUAACAUACCUCGUGUGAGAGAAAUACACUUGGAAAAUAAUAAACUUAAAAAAAUCCCUUCAGGAUUACAGGAGUUGAAGUACCUCCAGAUAAUCUUCCUUCAUUCUAAUUCAAUUGCAAAAGUGGGAAUAAAUGACUUCUGUCCAACAAUACCAAAGAUGAAGAAAUCUCUCUACAGUGCAAUAAGUUUAUUUAACAACCCAGUGAAGUACUGGGAAAUACAACCUGCAACAUUUCGUUGUGUUUUGAGCAGAAUGAGUGUUCAACUUGGGAACUUCAGAAAGUAAUAAUUAAUAAUGUCCACUCAAUUUAAAAUUCAAAAGUUCUCUCAUUUGGAAUACUUGAAUGCUAUUAAUAAUGGUAGAAAAAUCCAUAUGUGUAGAAAAAUCUGUCCUACAUGGUAAAUGACAAAAAAUUUCAACAGAAUUUUGCCAAUAUAUUGGUAUAUAAGGAUUAAGAGAAGUAUCUAUUGUAGUUUUCUUUUGCAUAAAGUGAUUGUGCAUAAAUUGCUUGCCUAACCAUUCCUUUCUCAGUAAAAAGUCAGUAUUUAACCCUUUGUUAUCUAGUCCAUUUUAAAAAGAACUGUACUGUAAACAGAAUGAUUGGCUUAGCAGCAUUUGUGCUCUUUCCUUUGUUAGAAAAACAAAAUUGACAAGGACAGCUAUAAGAAGAGUAUAUUAUACUAUUUUGUUCUUUAAUCAUUUGAGUAGUACUGUAAUAUUUCUGAUCAUGGUGAAGUAUGAUUUGAGAUAAUCAUAAUGAAAUUCUCAUGUGUUACAGCCUGUCUUUUAUGUUUAAAACUAUCUUCUUAUAAUAAAACUUUAAGUAUUCAUUACCAACUCUAUAGAUGCUAUUAAUAAGAGCUGGUUUUGGGGCUAAAGCACACAGGUUUCUUUAUAUAAUUAUUACCUGAUUAUAAAACCUUUGUAAAAAAAAGUGAGUGUUUAUAUAAAAUAUUACUCACAUUUUUAUUAUCAAUUAUUAUAAGCCUUAAAUAGCACGUCAAUUGUUAGGUUACAUAACAAUGUCACCUCAACUCCAAGGAGUAUUUUCAGGAUGUCCCUUUGGAAGAUCUAGCUUGAAAGGGUCUAUGUGCUAUGAAUUCUAUAUUCAUUUGUCUUUUCAAAUACAUACAGAAUGGAUAACUCAAGAAACACAACUGAACUGGUACAGCAUCAAAUAAAACAGACAAAAACUGAAAAUUCUGUACAAAA